AUAAGGCAUUCUAGAAUGAUUGUGAUGCAAUAUUUAAAUCAUCCUCUAAUUAAAGUGGACAGGACAAUUAGGUAAUUUACAACCAGACGACGGAAAGUGGGGGGUGGUGGAGAGAGACGAUAAGAGUUGGAAACGCGUCUCUCUGAGGCUCAUAUUCCAUUCAUUUCCUCUCUCUCUCUCUCUCUCUCUCUCUCUCUCUCUCUCUCUCUCUCUCUAUUCUCAAUUCGUAAGCUCGCCGGAGAACGUGAAAAACAAUAUACAUGGCGCAGAGAACGGAGAAGGAAGAGACGGAGUUCAAGGUCCUCGAAACCUUGACCACCACCACCCCGACGCUCUGCUCAAACAACUGCGGCGUUACAGCGAAUCCAGCGACCAACAACAUGUGUCAGAAAUGUUUCAACGCCUCCGUCGCCGCCGCCGGCGUAGACUCAACCUCGAUCUUGAAGAGAUCAGCCAGAUCCGUCAACCUCCGAUCCACGCCAGCGAAGGUCGUGAUUCGUCCCAGGGAGAUCGACCCGGUUAAGAGAGACCAACAGACGAUAAACCGGUGUUCCGGCUGUCGGAAGAAGGUCGGUUUGACCGGGUUCAGAUGCCGGUGCGGCGACCUUUUCUGCGCCGAGCACCGUUACUCGGAUCGCCACGAGUGCAGCUACGACUACAAAACCGCCGGACGCGAGGCGAUCGCUAGAGAGAAUCCUGUCGUCAAGGCGGCGAAGAUGGUCAAAGUUUAACGUUUAAUUCAAAUCGAUUCAAUCGUGAAAACUUAUGGUGGUUCAAGCAAAAAGGUCCGUUAAGACAGAAGCUCGGAGUCGGAGACAUCGGUUAGAUGUUGUCUGUUUGUAAUGAAAGAUCAUAGAGAUUCUCUGCUGGAUUAAAAUCUGAACCCAAAAUUUAUUUCUUUCUUUUUUUUUUUUCUUCUUUUUCUAGUGUAUGAUUAAUUAUUGUUUGGCUUUACGAAUUCAAGACAAAGUUGUCGAGUGGCAUGUGUAUUGUAGAUUCGGUAGAAAUGAAGGGUGUUUUUGGUAA